AUAGCGCGAUGUCGAUAUUAAUGGCAACUUCUGUGGAAUUUCGGGUCAAGAUGUUUCGUGUAUUGUAAUCUAUCAUCCUCCUUCCAAGGUAGUUGAGUUCUUAUGCUAGACGAAGAAAACGAGGUUGAUAAGGGCUUUCCCAAAGUACGAGGUUUAUUUAGAUAAAAAAAAAAAGCACGAGGUUUAUGCUUUUGAAAAUUAUUAGGUAUUAUUGACUCUUGUUACCUCACUUCACCUGAGCGGUGAGGUCAUGGGAGUCGCUCAUGUGGAUUGGACUAAUGUAGGUUGGGAGUAACCAAUAGAAGCUCCUCUGUUACCCUCUUCAAUAAGUCAUAAACCAUUUAGGGUUCUUUUAUUAAGUCUUGAAUCACUAGACUGUCAUGCAAUGAACGAUUAUAGGGAUCAUUCACCCUUGUUCAUGGCUUCCAAAAAUUUAUCGAAUAAUCCGUGCAAAGCACGAGUUAAAUUCAAAUAUCUAAUGAUAAUACUAUGAAGAUUGAUGAUAUAGGGCCAUGAGAUUUGACUUAGUGGUUUAGGAGGGGCUUGUGGGCAGGGUUAGACAAACAUAUUGGGGGGCCAAAAAUGCAUAAAGGAAAAGUCAUAUGAUGGGAGUUUCUUUAGGUUAUUUCAAUAUUAAUUAUAUUAAAAUGAAUGACUAGGAAAUAUUUAGGACCGAACGAAGUAUAUCAUGAGAUAGCCCUUUCGUUUUUUGCUAAUCAAGUUAAAAAGCCCUAUUGAUAAGGUUCAAUUUCAAUAUAAAUUGGUUGUACUUAAUCUCUUUGAGAGAGAAUCUGUAAGUCACCAAUAACUUAAAAUUAAAAAAUAUUGACAUCUUUUUAAUUUGAGGAAUGCAAAAGUCAUAGAAUAUUUAAAAUUUGAUUUGUCAUGUAUGCUUCACACAAUGUGAUAUAAUGAAUGGAGAAUUAUGACUAUUAAGACUGCAUUACAAUAGGAUAUUAAAUUGUUGUUAUCUCUACUGAUAUUAUCUCGUCGUUUAUCUCUCUCUCUCAUUUAUCUUUUUUUCUAUUUCGGAGAGCUACUCUAUUAAGUAAAUAAAGAAAGGUGAAAAUUUAGUCAUAAUUUCAAACGAAGGCAAGAAAAACAACCUUGUAAUUUUCCCUCUCAAACAAACGUUCGUAUCGCAUGCAAACCUCAGACAGAGACGAGCCCAGUGACACCGAGACAACUCUGUUUCUUCCAUCGCUGAAGUGAGGAUUUCUCAGUUUCUUGAUAGUUUCUUGCGCGCCAAGCACUCUGUUCCUAGUCGUGGCCACAAUGGGGGAAACGCUGGAUGAUUGGAGAGAAUUCUUUAGAACGACUGACACGGACAUUUUCGAAUUCAUUGACACCGCAAUCACAUUAGCUGCGUUGGAUCGCCCGAGAGAUUUUCGGCUGCAAAGAGACCGCAUCGCGGAGUGGCUGUUCUCCACCACGACGACUCAGAGUCGGUGCCCAGGGUGCGAUGAUUUGCCUGUGUCGCGUGAUCGUGGAGAUGAUUGCGUACGCACGGGUAAAGAAAGCAAAAGGAUCAGAGACAAUGGUAGGGUUGUCGUCGAGUACAAUGGGGUCGACAUGAACCGGGAAAGCUAUCACGAUUGUGGAGGAGCCGAGGCAAUUAGUGAUGAGAUUGAUGAACAGUUUCAAGUUAUUGGUGAAGUUCUAAGGAUCAAGCGGGUUUUGGACAACAGUCAACACGAGUCUGAUUCCGCGCUGUAUGAAUCACUGAGAAAACUCCAGUUGAUGACCAUCUCUAUGGAUUUAUUGGAGAAAACUAAGAUUGGGAUAACUGUCAACAGCCUCCGGAGGAAAGGUGGAUCGACGCAGAUUACUCAGCUUGCACACAAUAUCACCAUGGGAUGGAAGGACAUGGUUGAAGAGAUAUGCCGCAGCACAAAGAAUGUUGCUGAUUGUGCUAGUGGACCAACAUCGUCAGUGAAGAACCAGAACAUCCCAAUAUGGCAACAAGAGAAACACACCAAGAAGUCCGGUUCAAUUGCUAAGAGGAACCAGAGGCCAAAUGUGAACCAGCACCUGGCCACUGUGAAGCCCAAUACAUCUCCAAGUAUUGACUCAAAGACAAUCCCACCAAGCAAGAUUGUGACACGGAAGUUUGAGAAGGAAAGAAUGCUUCGAAACUCGAACGGCAUCAUGGGCCACAAAAGACUCUUCACCAGUCAACGGGAUAUCAACGGCUCGGAUGAAGAUGCAGUGGAAAAGAAAUUGGGUGCCUCCAAGAGGAUCUCACAAGAGCAUUAUCAGCAAGCAGAAUCAGCCAAGAGGCAGCGGACAGUGCUGGCUUUACCUGUUCUCCCAAAGCAACCCGCAAGUCAUAAGGGUCCGGGUCCACGCGCUAGAAUCGAAAAAACUCUUAGCCAGAUGGCAAAGUCACGGAGACGGAUCUCAUUGUUUUGAAGACCAAACUUCCAAAGCCGAAUGCAGCUGUUGCUUGAUUCUUCAUUUGUGAAAAUCUGUGUUUAUUACCUCUGGACACGUUGCAUAUAUUAGCUAUGACUGAUAGGAGUUUUUGUUCAGGAAGCUUGUGCUUAGCUCGUAUAGCUAUGACUUGUUGCUUAUAUAGCUCAUGAU